AUGACUUUGUGGAUAACGUGCCUUUCUGCAUUCUUUCACACGACUACGUUUGCAGCUGAUGCGCCAAUGUGCAUACGUUACAAAGGGAGUGAUCUCUAUGAAAAAUAUGAAACACGACGACGUCAAUCCUUUGGCUUCAUGUUCGAUUGGAAUAAGCACAACCUUGAUCCUUAUUUGUGUACAGCGGAGUACAUUCAGAUUGUUUACACAACUUACGAUUUGUCAACAGCGAAAGUGGCAACGACAACUACACCGUCGCUUAAUGCAACAAAGUCUCCUGCUUUUAAGUUUAGUACUACCACAGAUACGAGAGCGUUGACUGCAACCAUGGCAUCAACAUCGUUGGAUUCGUCGAGCUCUGCAGCAAGCUCUAGUCCUACCAUCGCUAAUGUCACAGGUCAACCAACAACAAUGGCAGGAACUACAGCGACAUCAGCGUCCACUGGAAAUACAACGCACUCGACCACCUCUAACUUCAGCACCUCCGAGAAAUCGACUUCGACAGAAUCAAUGGCACUAUUGCCAUCAACGACGUCACAUGGAGAAGCAAACACUACUGCUUCAAGCACUACUACAGGCAAGGACUUAUCUACGAUGAGAACACAAGGCUAG